ACCCGCCAAUGUUUUUUUAAGUAUUUCAAUCGAAAGUCAGUCUUAAAGAAUCCUUUAAUGUAUUAUAAUGGGUAUUCAAAGAACUUCAAAAUGAAUAUCUUGCGGAUCAGUACUUCCUUUUUAAGGGAUUAUGUGCAAUUCUUUUCAACAUUUCCAAGCCUUUAAUUUGUUGUGUUGCGCCUUUGAGAAUGAGAUGGUUUAGUUGGGAAAUUUAAACUCAGAUGUUAGAUCACCCUAUCAACAGGCCUUGAACGAUAACUCUUCGACAGGAAUUUAAAAGAACUUGUCGAAGAACGUUUUGGUUUGUUCAAAUAAAUUACCAGUUUUUAUCUGAUAAAACUUAGCUGCUUAUUAUCUAUCAAUGGACUGCCUGGCCAGCCUAGACAGUGUCAUAGUCAACCAGAAGGUGGAUGUAAUGGAGUUCUUGACCAGCUUCAGCAGCAACAGAAAGUACGCCGUUCGCAGUAGUCCGACGGCGGAGCCGAUGCUAUAUGCCGUGCAGGAUAAUAAGUUCGCGGAUCGCACAAUUAGGCCAAAUUAUUUUUUCACCAUAAAGGUCAUGACCAAGGGGAUGACUCAAUUGAUGCACGUGGACUCGCCCAGGCCGGACGCCUUCUUUAAGCAGCCCCGAAUUGAGGUAUACGCACCACCCGGAAACAUGAUCGCCAUCGUCAAGCUGCACCACAUGAACUGUCCCCGCACUUUGCACGUCCUGAAAACCAAGGACAAGGAGGUGGAGUACGUUAUCAAUGCUCCGGGCGGCUGUUGCUCAGGAGGCAAUCUAUACAGUGUGGUCGACGCUAAGAAAAAGGAAGUAGCUCAAAUCGAAAAGUUAUUUAGCGGAGUAUUCAAAGAAAUGUAUACAGCUGCCGAUGACUUUAGAGUGAAUUUCAAGGGUUUGGAUAAUCGCACAAAGACGAUCUUACUUGGCACCGUCUUCUUCCUUGACGGCUUAUUCUAUGAAAGAUCAGCUGCACGAAAAAUGCUUGUGUAAUAAUCGUUAAAAAUGAAUAAACAACGUGCACAUGGAA